GGUAGAUCUCUGGGCCCCACGUGUUAGUCCCUGUGGCCGCUUGUGAUGGAGUUUGAGGAGCUGGGGAUACGCGAGGAGUGCGGGGUGUUCGGCUGUAUAGCGGCGGGGAGAUGGCCGACCCAGUUAGACGUGCCUCAUGUCAUCACCCUGGGGCUGGUUGGACUGCAGCACAGGGGACAAGAGAGUGCUGGCAUUGUAACAAGUGAUGGGAGCUCGGUGCCGACUUAUAGAAUGCACAAGGGCAUGGGCCUGGUGAACCAUGUGUUCAGCGAAGACAGUCUGAAGAAACUGCACGUGAGUAAUCUUGGCAUUGGCCACACCAGAUAUUCCACCAGUGGGAAUUCUGCCUUAGAAAACUGCCAGCCCUUUGUGGUCGAGACGUUACAUGGAAAGAUUGCUGUGGCGCAUAAUGGGGAGCUUGUCAAUGCUGCUCAGCUCAAGCGAAAGGUCAUGCGGCACGGCGUGGGCCUCUCCACCAGUUCAGACAGUGAGCUCAUCACACAGCUUCUGGCCUUCACUCCUCCAAUGGAAGAAGAUCACACUGCCAACUGGAUAGCACGCAUAAGAAACUUAAUGAACGAGACCCCAACAUCUUACUCCCUGCUUGUCAUGCAUAACGACGUUGUAUACGCCAUACGGGAUCCUUAUGGGAACCGGCCUCUCUGCAUCGGGCGUCUCAUCCCUGUCAAUAAUGAAGGCAAAGGAAAGCGCUUGGCAGAGACUGAGGGCUGGGUGGUGUCCUCCGAAUCCUGCAGCUUUUUAUCUAUUGGUGCUGAGUAUUAUCGGGAAGUCCUACCAGGAGAAAUAGUAAAGAUUUCACGGGAUGGAGUUCAGACGCUGGAUAUUGUGCCGAGAACGAAUGGAGACCCAUCUGCCUUUUGCAUCUUUGAAUAUGUUUAUUUUGCCCGACCUGAUUCAAUAUUUGAAGGGCAGAUGGUUUACUCGGUGAGACGGAGAUGUGGGCAGCAGCUGGCUAUAGAAGCUCCAGUAGAAGCCGAUCUGGUCAGCACUGUGCCAGAAUCUGCAACCCCCGCAGCGUUAGGCUACGCAGAGAAGUGUGGUCUUCAGUAUGUGGAAGUAUUGUGUAAGAAUCGCUACGUAGGGCGAACGUUUAUUCAGCCCAACAUGAGGUUACGGCAGCUGGGAGUGGCCAAGAAAUUCGGAGUCCUUUCGGAUAACUUUGUUGGCAAACGAGUGGUUCUGAUUGAUGAUUCUAUUGUAAGAGGCAAUACUAUCUCCCCUAUCAUAAAGCUGCUCAGGGACUCCGGAGCCAAAGAGGUCCACAUAAGAGUAGCAUCACCACCUAUAAAAUACCCUUGUUAUAUGGGAAUAAACAUUCCUACGAAAGAGGAGCUGAUCGCAAACAAACCCGAGUUCAACGACUUGGCUGGUUAUAUUGGUGCGGACAGUGUUGUUUACCUCUCUGUGGAGGGACUUACGUCGGCAGUGCGGGAGGGUAUCAAGGCCUUCAAGGACGAGCAGAAUGGAAUAAAUGGCAAAACAAGGUCAUCGUCUCAGGGUCACUGCACGGCCUGUUUGACUGGAGAAUAUCCAGUGAAGUUGGAGUGGUGAGGCCCAUUCUUUUAGCCUCGAUAGGUCACAGAUUCACUGUUGGACCUUUGAUGGACAGCUGCUACCCAAACUGCAACUCGACCUCGUACGAAUGUCUUUCGUGUUUUCCUAUGCCCCUCUGGACGGCAGCUUUUUCUGAUUUGGAUGGUUAAGGACGACUUGUUUACAAAUGAGACGUGUAUAUUAUGUACUAGCGUUUUUUUUGUUUUUCUCUAUCGCGCUUUAUUUUGUGCCAGAGCAACUUUGUGUAAAUGGUCAAUUGUAUUUCUUAACUACGUGUAAGUGGCAGAUAAGUAAACGGCAUUUUUUUUUUUUUUUUAA